GACUCAGUAUUCGUAGCGCGACUACAGUAAUGACGUCAAAGUAACCGGUGGCAUGGGCCAAUCGAAUUAAUUUGUGACGAUAAAUUACGUACAUAGUAUUCUAGUGCCAUCUCGGCCAUCCGCGACCAUUUUCUUCGUGAACAAUUCCAUUCAAGGUUACAGGCAGACUUGAACCCGAACCCUCUUGUACUGUGAUCGUCUCUCCUGCACGUAUUCUACACUGGUAUCUCAACAGCUGCGUGCUUUAUUCUUGCAAGCUUCGCGGCCGGCUCAGCAUCAACCAUAUGGACCAUGAAUUAUUGUUCGUGAAUUUGUGUUUCAAGGCUAACGUGGUUUAGAGUGAUAAUUAUAUUGAUCAUCGGUUUGGAUAAAUUCAAGUUGACAACUGCGAUUGCUGGUUCCUGACAGUAUUAUGGCUGGGAAUCCAGGUUUAGAACGGUUAAUUCCAAUCGUCAACAAAUUGCAAGAUGCAUUUACUCAGCUCGACGUUACUGUGCAAUUCGAUCUCCCUCAGAUUGCCGUCGUCGGUGUCCAGAGUGCGGGCAAAAGUUCGGUUUUGGAAAAUUUUGUUGGCAGAGAUUUUUUACCUCGCGGUGUCGGAAUUGUCACCAGGAGACCGUUGAUUUUGCAAUUAAACCACAGUGAAUUGGAGUAUGGCGAAUUUUUACACAAAAAAGGUAAAAAAUUUGAGAAUUUCGAUGAAAUUCGAAAAGAAAUCGAAGCUGAAACCAAUAGACUUACCGGGAAAAAUAAAGGAAUUUCCAAAAUUCCCAUCAAUUUAAGUAUAUAUUCGCCACAUGUACUGAAUUUCACAAUAAUAGACCUGCCAGGUUUAACGAAAGUUCCUAUAGGCGAUCAGCCGACAGAUAUCGAGACGCAAAUCAGAGAUAUGGUUUUAGAAUUCGUGAAGAAUGAUAAUUGUAUCAUACUAGCGAUAAGUCCGGCUAAUUCGGAUUUAGCCAAUAGCGAUGCUUUGAAAAUUGCGAAAGAAGUUGACCCGAAAGGUGAUCGAACGAUCGGCGUUCUUACAAAAUUGGAUUUAAUGGACGAAGGAACAGAUGCUCGCGAUAUUCUGGAAAAUAAAUUGUUACCUUUACGUAGAGGCUAUAUAGGCGUAGUGAAUAGAAGUCAAAAAGAUAUAGAUGGACGUAAAGACAUCAAAGCCGCGUUGCAAGCUGAAAAACAAUUUUUCCAAACUAAUCCAGCUUAUCGACAUAUGGCAGAUAAACUAGGAACGCCGCAUCUACAAAAAGUUUUGAAUCAACAGUUGACUAAGCACAUUCGAAAUACGUUACCCAGUUUAAGGGAAAAAAUACAAAAACAAAAAGCAAACCUAGAUAAAGAAAUGGAUACCAUCAACCGCCUCAAUCCAAAUGAUCCGUUAGCGAAAGCAAAAAUUAUGCAACAAAUGAUCCAACAAUUGAGAGACGAUUUUGGUACCAUAGUCGAAGGAUCCAUUGCGACGGAGAUCAAUACAAUUGAGCUGUCCGGCGGUGCUAAAAUCAAUCGUAUAUUCCACGAAAGUUUGCAAUCCGAAAUUGCCAAAAUAAUAAUCGAAGAGGAAGCGUUACGUAAUGAAAUCACGCUCGCUAUUCAAAACAUUCACGCUAUCAGAAAUGGCUUAUUUCCGCCCGAUAAGGCCUUCGAAACUGUAGUCACGAAGCAUAUACGAAAGCUUAAAGAACCCAGCUUGAAGUGUAAGGAAUUAGUCGUAACCGAGUUGGAGGAAAUUAUACAACUUUGCCUCGAAAAAAUGAACAGAUACCCACGUCUAAGAGAAGAGACCGAAAGAAUACUCAUGGAGCAAAUUCUGAGACGCGAUGAAGUAUGCGAAGAAUAUAUCAACACGUUCAUGGCCUGCGAGUUAUCCCUGAUCAACAUACCUCAGGAUGAUAUCAUCAGGCACAAAGCGCAAGAAGUAAAAGAAGACACUGUUUUCGCAUACAAAAUAAUUCGAAAAGGAUUAAUGACUAUUCAAAAUGUGGGCAACUCGAAAGAUGGACCUCGCGAUUAUUGGUUCGUAUUGACGAAUAAAUAUCUUUCGUGGUAUAAAGAUAGAAAUGAACGCUAUAAAAAAGCCACUUUACCUUUGGAUGGAUUGAAAUUGAAAUUAGUCGAACAAGUAUUCGGUGAGCCCCGUAAGAAAGUAUUCCGUUUGGUCAAGCUGAAAAACAGAAAAAAAUUUCAGGAUCACAAACAAUUGGAGUUCUGUAGUAAAAAUCCGAAUGAUAUGAGUUUGUGGACAUCGUCUUUCCUCGAAGUUGGCAUACUUGUCGAUCAAUCUGACUCGCUGUCAGACAUAUCUGACCUAGAGAACGUGGACGAAGACACGCAGCCGAAAGAUUCACUGGGAAAUCAAGUAGAAAAGAUUCUCAAUUUGGUAGAUUCGUAUAUGAAAAUCGAGAUGAAAACUUUCCGUGAUCAUUUACCGAAAAUAAUCAUGAACCUGAUUGUAAUGAAUGUAAAAACUUUCAUCAGCGUCGAAUUGCCGGCUCAUCUAAAUACGUGCGAAAAUCAGUCAUCACUCAUGGAUGAAGGCGAGGAAGAAACAGCGAAACGCGAAGAAGUGAUGAAAAUGCAUCGUGCGUGCAAAGAAGCGCUUAAAAUUAUUGGUGAUGUAGCAAAGUCUACGAUUGUUACCUGACUUGAUGAUAUUUCAACAAAAUGUUAAAAAGUUUAUCUUAUCUAAGUAUUUUAUGAUAUUUUAAUAUUAAGGCCUUAUACUUAUACUUUCCAAUUUUAUCUCAAUUAAAUACCUUCAUAUACAU